AGAAACUUCAGCUCUUAUCUAUCCUUUGGCUUUUGGCACGAGACAACCAAGUUUGACGCUGUCGUUUCUAACGAACGUGAAGCGCACCGAUAUUAAGUCCGAUAGUGAGGAUGAGGAGCAGUGGACAUGGCGUUAUUGUGGAGCUCCCGGAUGGCGCCAAAGACGCUCAUUGAGCCUCUCCAUACGCUGGAGGAUGGAUGCGAUUUGUUCGUCUGCUGCCUUCGCUUGCUCCCGUCUGUGGGUCACUGUGCCGUGGAGCAGUUCCUAUCGAUAAGCCACCGUCGGGGCAUGGUUCGAGACGGCCUUUUCCCCAACUAAACUCUGAUUUUUUUUUCGCUCUAGCAGAGGCCCGGCGGGAUGACAUGACAGCUCCUCUCCGGUCAGCUGGACAUGGGCCCCUCUCUGGACUGGGUGAACAGAUCAACUCCAUUCUUUUUAAUGCCCAUCAUCAACUCUCUGAUUAUAUGCUCCUGGACUUGCUACACUACGGGCUGCAUCUUCUGGCGCGCUUGAAGAGUGUACGUAUCCAGCCCAAUGGCUUACAAUAAGCGUAGCCGACGAGAGAUAGUCCUUGAUAAGCACCCCCCUAGACACCGCCCAUUUUUACCAAGAUGAUGUGAGACGCGUGCAUACGGACAGUUUCAGACGGC